AUGUGGGCGUCUCUUUUUCUCAUCAUUUCGCAUCCUCUCUCUCUUAAAGUGGUGGCGAAGACGCGAAGGCGAAGCAUCUAAAAGGACUGAGAGAGAGACAGAGGAAGUGCCUUUUAUUCUCUUUCUCUCCUCUUCUCUUCUUCCCUUAUUUUCAUCCACCUUGCACUCUAUUAGGGUUUCUAUAUCUCUCAUCACUCAAUUCAGGAUGAUCGAUUUUUCUCGUGUUCAAAAGGAACUUCAAGAAUGUAGUAGAGACAUAGAAUCCUCUGGCAUCAGAGUCACCCCUAAAUCAGAGAAUCUUUCUCGCUUGACCGGCACCAUUCCUGGACCAAUGGGAACUCCUUACGAAGGUGGCACUUUCCAAAUUGAUAUUUCCCUGCCGGAUGGAUAUCCUUUUGAGCCUCCAAAAAUGCAGUUCACAACAAAAGUCUGGCACCCUAAUAUUAGCAGCCAGAGCGGGGCAAUUUGCCUGGACAUUUUGAAAGAUCAAUGGAGCCCAGCACUCACUCUAAAGACAGCACUACUUUCUAUCCAAGCAUUACUUUCUGCUCCUCAACCUGAUGACCCUCAAGAUGCCGUAGUAGCACAGCAGUACCUUAAAGACUAUCAAACUUUUGUUGCCACAGCCCGCUACUGGACAGAAAAUUUUGCCAAGACCUCAUCCCUUGGGGUUGAGGAAAAGGUGCAGAAACUCGUCGAGAUGGGCUUUCUUGAAGCUAUAGUCAGGAGCGCGCUAGAUGCUGUUGGUGGUGAUGAAAAUUUGGCACUUGAAAAGCUUCUUUCUGGCUAAGAAAGGAGAUUGAUGCCAAUGAUGAUUGUUUUAUCAAGACACGGAAGGUUCAUACGAGCAUAGUUUUCACAAUCAAGUCUUUCCCCCAAUGUAGAUUUCCCCAAAUUCUCUUGGACCGUUCUACCUUUGCCUUACCCUCCUAAACAUGGCUGCUUGAUGUCGGAUCCCAUUAAUAGGUCGCCGCAUCCUACUCUGUAUGGAUGGAGCUGCUAAAAGCUAGUUAUGUUGUUAGUAGCUCGUAAAGUAAAUGAAAAUUUUAAAUGUUCAAACGUGUCUCAACUUUGUUUUCAUCAAUGAAAACUCUUUAUCCAGUGCUUUAUUUCUUUGCUUAA